CGAACACGUUCAUUUGAUUAGAAUCUAUUACAUAAGAUGAAACCGAUGUAAAAUUUAUAUUUAACAAAUUAAAAGAUCUUAAAAUUAUCAAAACAUCACGUGACUUGAAUUAUGUCAAUUUCCAUUUAAAUUUUCAUUUUUAUAAUGUGAUGGAAUAUAUCACAUUUUAUAAAGAGGUUACAAACGCUACAACACAGCCUAAACCAAUUAAGACUCAAGUUAGAAAAGGAAUAUUAAAGAAAACAAAAUAUAUGAGUGAAAAUUUACCAGUUAAAGAUGACAUUACUCCUAAACAGAGACUGUCAAAGCCUAAAGUGGAGUUUGUCGUGGAAAGUGAAGAUUCUGGGAAGAAUGAGUUAAAUAAGCCAUCUAUAGAAGAUUCUGAUUUAUCUCAGGAUAGUAAAUCCACAGAAGAAGGAUCUGUUCAAAAACCAAAUGUGAAACAUGUUACAAUUCACGAAGAGAAAAAUACUUUCAGACAAGAUAAUAUUCUUGAACAGUUUGAACAAAGACAAAAGCAAAUGGAACAAGAAAAUGCUAAGAGGAAAUCACUUUUGACUAAAGCUAUUGCUGAUAGGUAAUCCUUUCUGUUUUAAUCUUGUUAAUUUGCAUGUAUUUUUCUUAUUUAAUGAUAGCUCUGAGAUGAUAAAUUUAUCACAAAUGUAUGUAAAACUUUAUAGUAAUGUUAUUUUAUAGUUUUAUUUA